GGAUUAAAUGGGUUCUACUCCGGCUUGUUCACACAUUCUGUAGAAAACCUAAAUACCUUUGGCCAUCGAUAGUGGUUAUUGCUGGCAACAUCUUUGAUCAAUGAUUAGAGCGUAUCGCGUUGUUGGCAAUGACGGUACAUUUAAGAGUAGUUCUAACGUCAAACUAAGUACGGAUUGAACUAGAAGGCAUUGAAGGAGCAGAAUGCGUCGUCUUGCACAUUUUGUGUUCCAUCCAAGCUUCUACUGCACUUCUUCGCGCCAAUCCUCCAAUAGCAAACUAUUCGUCGGAGGACUUUCGUGGUAUGUGGACGAAAAGUCUCUCAAAGAAGCAUUCUCUUCAUUUGGAGAGGUAACAGAAGUGAGGAUCAUGUAUGACAAAAACACAGGGAGGUCGAGAGGAUUUGGGUUUGUCUACUUCUCUAGUGAACACAACGCAAAAAGUGCCAAAGAUGCCAUGGAUGGAAAGGCAUUGCUGGGUCGACCUCUAAGAAUAAGCUUUGCUCUGGACAAAGUUCGUGGCGUUCCAGUUGUAGUUCCUCGUGUUUCUUCUUUUGGAGAUUCCAGUAGCUAAAAACUUCUAUUAUUUUAUCUUGGAUAAACUGACAGAUGGAAUUUCUUCCCCCAUUUAUAUAUACUUGAUUAGUUAAUAAAUUUUGCAUUGGGU